AUGGCGACGGCUGAUCGUGCUUCCGCAGCGUGCGGCGUCAUGGCCGAGGCGCGGGAGGCGACCGCCCGUCUGCUGGCCCUCCUCCAGGCCACGGGCGCGGAUCCUGGCAAGCGAGAGCUCGCCGAGCAGAUCAUCUGCUGCAUCGACCGCGCUCGGGCCGCGGUGCGCGGCGCCGGCGAUGGCACGGGCAAGACGACGGGGCAUGGGUUCGGAUUGGGAGCUCGGCCUCCAGCCGGAUCCAAGAGAAGAAGAGCGAGGAGGGGAUGCGGAGAAGAAGCGCGAGCAAGGGUCGUAGCAAGCUCCGCAAUGGACGACGGCUACGCGUGGAGGAAGUACGGGGAGAAGAGCAUCCAGGACCACAAGAAUCCGAGGUUCUAUUUCCGCUGCACCUACAGGGAUGAGCUCGGCUGCGGCGCCAGGAAGCAGGUCGACCGGAUAGAGGACGACCCGUCCCUGUUCCACAUCACCUACUUCGGCGAGCACACGCCGGCGUGCCCCAGGGACGACGCGGCUACGGCCGAGCUGGACGGGGACGGCCGCCGCCUCGUGGUGCAGGCUUGCCUGGACAGCUUCAGGCCGUGCUUGCCGCCGGAGGGCCAGGAUCCUAAGCAGAUGCCAGCGAGCAUGGUCGAGUUCACGGCGGGGUACUGCUGGCCACCGACGGAUCAGAUGGCGAACUUGGUUUCUUCGGAUGUUUGCUUUGGAACCCCAGGAGAGCUGGAAUCUUUGGAUGCCAUCAGCAUGGAGGAACUCAUGGAUUUAUUGUGGCCAUGA